AUUGAGUAAAAUCCACAGCCGAGUUUUUAUUCGAAGAGCUGCUGGGGAUGUAGGGAAGAAGAAACCUUCGUUUUUAAAACACUGACAAGAAACUUCACAUAUCAAGGUGAAGACUCCUGCAACAUGGACGGCUUUUACGACCAGCAGGUCCCCUUCGUGGUCCCUGAGAGUAAAUGUCCCUUGGAGGGAGCAGAGAGAUGUCUCAGCGACAGGAAGAGGAAGUUCAUGGACACAGAGCUGGCUCAGGACACAGAAGAGCUCUUUCAAGACCUGAUCCAGCUCCAGGAAAUAUGGAUCGCAGAAGCUCAGGUUCCCGAUGACGAGCAGUUUGUCCCAGAUUUCCAGUCCAAUAAGUUGAUGUUUCAUGGACCUCCUGUGAGCAAAGUGAAGCGAGAGCACAGCCCGUCCCCCUGCAGAACGCCUCACGCUGACAUGUGCCUUUACAGCUACAGUGCCUGUGACAAUAAGCCAGUGGGGCUUAAAUCCCUGCCUCCAGCCUCCACAGCAGCGCAGUGUGGCCCCUCUCAUCCUGCAGGACCUCCACCGGUACAGAGGCAGCUACAACCUCCGGGCCCCCAGCUCACCAGCAGGGGCCCCCAUCCCUGCAGCCUCCCUCAGGCCAACCAGAGCCAGCAGUUCGCUCUGCCGCGCCCCCCCACCGGCUGCCCCCCUGCGUCUUUCAGCACAGAACAGAGGUUUCAGAGGCAGCUGUCGGAGCCCUGCUUGUCCUUCCUCCCUCAGGAGACUCCGCUGAACUCGCCGUACCAAACCUCGAGCCGCGACAGCCGACCUCUGUACCAGCGCCACCUCUCAGAGCCUCUGGUACCCCAGGGUCCCAGAGCAUUCAAACAGGAGCUGGUGGAUCCACGGUACCCAGAGCCGGGGCCUCCUGGUGCAGGACUGACCCGGCCCCAGAACGCUUUCAAUCACGUGACCAUCAAACAGGAGCCACGAGACUAUGCCUUCGACUCAGAGGUUCAACCCUGCCACUCGUCGUUUGGGAAAUCUCCAGUAUUGUACCAGAAUAACAAUGUUGGCUUUGCUCCUGACAGAGAGCAGCGCCUGUACUAUGACGACACCUGUGUUGUGCCGGAAAGAUUGGAAGUUAAAGUGAAGCAGGAGGGUUUGCCGUACCAGCGCCGCGGCUCCCUGCAGCUCUGGCAGUUUCUGCUGACUCUGCUGGACAACCCGGCCAACGCUCACCUGAUCGUGUGGACGGGGCGCAACAUGGAGUUCAAACUCAUUGAUCCGGAGGAGGUGGCUCGGCUCUGGGGGCUCCAGAAGAAUCGGCCGGCGAUGAACUACGACAAGCUGAGCCGCUCGCUGAGGUACUACUACGAGAAGGGCAUCAUGCAGAAGGUUGCCGGGGAGAGGUACGUCUACAAGUUUGUAUGCAACCCCGAGGCGCUGUUCUCCAUGGCUUUCCCGGACAACCAGAGGCCGAGUCUGAAGGCCGACCCGGACGCCAUCGUGUCCCCCAGCGAGGAGGAAGGCCUCCCCCUGCCCAGCUACGAGGAGGAGGGUCCGUACCUGGCCGAGGGGGCGGAGCAGUGCGUUCAGGGACUGGCUUUCCCCGACAGCUACCCCUACUAGACUCCACAGGCUGGACGAAACAUUUUACUGCAGGAACCUGAAUUACUGAGCAGUGUUUUCAACAUGUAUACCUGCGAUAUGUGUGGCCCAGAAAAGAGGAAUUUAUCAGAGAAUUUUGAUCACAAAUCAAACUCUCUUUUAUCCAAAAGUACCGGUUGCAAAAUGAUGAUUCCGCUUAAAAAAAAGUCUCUCUGAGAUUUGAUCUCAGUCCCUCAGCAGACAUGCAAUUUCUUGCCCAAUACUGUUUAAUAUGAUUUAGGUGUUAUUGUUUUUUUAAAAGCUUUUACAUUUAAAGUUUUAUAAAGAAAUUAAGAUGCAUUAUUUCAAGAUAUGGUUGUAAUUUUAUGAGAAAAGGCUGUAUGUCAUGGGAAAAAGACCAUAUUUUGAGCAGAACAUUUUCAAACGUCAUAUUAUUUAGAGAAAAGGUCGUAACUUAAUUAAAAAUGAUACUAAAAAUAACCAUUUGACAAACAAACUAACAGACCAAACAGUACUUUUUCCCAUGAAUGUGCGACCGGUUCCCGGAAUAGAACACCUUAACUGUCAUCAAAUGACUGUUCUUAGUUGUGUGACUCACAGCUGUCCCCCCAGUGACCCUGCAGCCUGCUUGGUUGUACUUUUGUAGCAUGGCCAUCGCUGUCGUCCUCGCGAACGUGAACUCUGGGAUCUGUAUUUCAACCAAAAAGUAUCUCGACACCACGAAAACUCCUUUUACUAAUUUACUUUUAAUGGUUGUUUUUUUUGGGUUAACCUUAUACUGCUUGAAAGGGACACACUUGUAUUUUCCAGAUGUUAUAGUCCUCCUAUAAACAUGUAUAUUGAGAAAUGUCUUUUGUGUACUUUUUCUUGUUUUCAAAAGCUAAUAUUUUUGGCAUUAUACGAACUCGUAAUUUUUUCCUAAACUGUUUUAUGACAAAGGUACUGCUACUAUUUUUCUGUAAUACUGUCACCAUGAUGCUAAUAAUAAGCAUAGACUUUCCUACAACCGGCUCAUCUGUUAUUGCACCAAGCUAGUUUUCUGCAUUUUGUAUAGUUAAUUUGCUUCAAUGUGUAGAAAAGGUGUAUAAUUAUAUAUGAAUAUAUUUUUGCAAAAGGCUGCAUCUGCUUGACGUUGUACUAUGAGCUGAAAAGUUAAGCCUGCUAAUGUAUUGAACCGACUCCAGCCUCUGAGAGCUAAAGACUUCCACCCUGAAGAUAAUGUAAUGGUAUAUUUUACUAUACGAUCACAUGGUGGUUAAAGUGGAGGAGAGGCUGGAGAACGAUACUGACACCGGUGUAACGUCUACGCUCAGAUACUGUACGUGUGCCUUCUGUUGACCUAACUGAAACAAUAAAGUAUUUUACUCUUUU